AAGUACCUUAAGCUGGAGGGCAGCCGCCUGUCGCAAAGCUUCGUCCUCGACUCGUCGCAAACCCCAAGCUCCACGUGCACAGCUCAACCUGAGUCACCACCACGUCAGUCUCUGGAGCUGUGACUGUCACGCUUCCAAUUGAGCGAAGCUGAUACCUCUCCAACCGGAAAUCGGACCUCCCGGAUCUCCAGGGCGAACAGCCACGAGCAUCAGCUUCGUCCAACAAACAGCCACCCAGACAGAGCUCGAGCUCGUGAUAGCUUCAGCACUUCCCCGCCUUCUCCCGACACACACGUUUCCCAAUCAUUGACCGAACCCGCCAUCAUGGCUGAUACGCCGACUCACACACUCUCGGCUGUGCCCUCGCGCCUCGCCUCGGGUGCUGCCACCCCCGUUUCUCUCCCACCCCUCGACGACGAAGGUCGCACAAAGUCCAUCAUGGUCUCUCUUGCCGACCUCACCGCAAAGGCAAAUGCCUUCUACGCGCAGAAGAAAUACGAAGACGCGACCGAGCUGUUUGCCCAGGCCGCGGAGAUGCAGGCCGAGUUCAAUGGCGAGAUGAGCCCCGAGAACGCCAACGUUCUCUUCCUCUACGGUCGCAGCCUCUUCCGUGUUGGCCAGAGCAAGAGCGACGUCCUUGGUGGCAAGGCCGCCACGGACAAGAAGAGCAAGCCGGCCUCCAAGCCCAAGAGCCAGAAUGCUGCGGCUGCGCCAUCCACGACAGCCAAGGAGACUGAAGGUGAUCGGGUCGCUGAGGAGCGGGUCGCUGAGGAGGGCGUCGCCAUCGUCGCCAAGGAAGCCAGCGGCCUCAAGGAGGAUGCGGAUAAGCUGCCCGAUGCUAAGAAGCCGCUCUUUCAGUUCACGGGCGAUGAGAACUGGGAAGGAUCAGACGACGAAGAUGACGACGAGGCCGAGGGCGAUGAAGAUGAGGAGGAGGAAGACGAUCUCGCUGUCGCAUUCGAGGUGCUCGACCUCGCGCGAGUUCUCUUCGAGAAGAGGCUCGAAGCUUUGGAAGAGGACUCUGCCGAGGGCAAGGGCAAAGAAGUGGCCGAGGGCGACAGCCCGACAGCCAAACACAUCAAGGAGAGGCUCGGCGACACGCAUGACCUCCUUGCAGAGAUCUCACUCGAAAACGAGAAAUACCCCGAAGCCAUCAAGGACUCCCGCGCCUCACUGAAGUACAAAACAGAGCUAUACCCGACCGAAUCGGAGAUCAUUGCCGAGGCGCACUUCAAGCUUUCCCUCGCUCUCGAGUUUGCGUCUAUCACCAGCUCCAGUGACGAGGAAGGUGGUGGCGAUGCCGCGGGGCCAAAGCAGAUCGACCAGAGCUUGAGGGACGAAGCCGCCACGGAGCUUGAGAAAGCCAUUGACAGCACAAAGCUCAAGCUCAAGAACAAGGAGGUUGAGCUCGCAAUGAUGCACGUGCCUGAGGAGAACGAAGAGACGCGCAAGACGAUUGCCGAUGUUAAGGACAUGAUUGCCGAUAUGGAGCAACGGCUCAUUGACCUCAGGAAACCCCCUGUGGAUGUCGACUCAAUGCUCGGCGCAGACAACCCGAUGAGCGGCAUCCUCGGCGCGGCCCUAGGCGAGUCAUCUUCCGAGACUGCCGCCCGCGUAGAGCAGGCCAAGAAGAACGCCACAGACCUGUCCGGGCUCGUCCGCAAGAAAGCCAAGAAGGAAGAGCCCGCGACGCCACCCGCGGACACAAACGGCAGCGGCAGCAAGCGCAAGGCCGAGGACGAUGAGCCGGCGGCCGCGGAUCACGAGGCGCCCAAGAAGGCGAGGGUGGAUGAUGACGAUGAUGCGACGGCGACGGCGUAGUCAUGAUUCUCACCUCACAAGAAUGUGUCGCGUCGCGAGUGAGUAGUAAAAUGUGCCUCUGUUUCAACCAAAACUCGCAAGUGACGAGUAAGGACUUAUGCAGGGCUAUAGGGUAUGAAAAUGGAUCGAGUGGGCAAGUGGCGAAGCGGAUCUGGGUCACGCACGGGAAUGCAGGCGGAAAUCUGUAUUUGAAUGUUUUUGGUACGCUCACAAUAGGCGAACAAGUCCUCUCUCACGGCAUUUUUAUGCCUUCAAGCAUGUUCAACAAGGAAGGGACCUCGUCGCCAGGGCAAUGCUUCUGGCUAGUUCAUGCAUUGCGGCGGCGA